AUGGCAUUAUUUCAUUUGCACUGUCAUGAGUUAUUCAUUGGAGUUCUCCUUUAUCAUCUUCUUUAUCCUGCAACAGCUGUUUACUUCUACCCUGAGGAUCGAAAGCAAGGUCUACAUAUCGGUGCAACGAACGAUGUGUUUAUGACUUCGUCGAGAAAGGAUAUUCGCUGCUCCCUCGCAUCGGUCUCUCCAGCGUCAUCAACUGGAUCUAUUCUACCUCAUGUUGCUUUCUCACAAGGAAAGUAG